GCGUUACCUCAGCGCAAUCUUUGGUAAGCCAUGGCGUGCUAUUUGAGCCGCGAUCCACGCUAUGGCGCGCCACUUUCGCGCAGCGCCUUCUCGACGGAAGAUCUGUGGGCUGUGCUGAAAGUCACAGCGAUCAGCUGUUGUCAGCGUCUUCUCAGCAGACGAUGCAGCUCACCGGUUCCGUCACCCACCCCGCGGUGCCGUACCCGGCGGCAUGCGUGGGCACGCCCCUGGUGACGUUCCUCACGCUGCUGGUGAACGUGACGAACCAGCGCCUGGAGAAGGAGUUCCGGCAGCGGCAGCGACAAGCCGAGCAGCUCACAGUCACGGGCGACGAGGAGUACGACUUCGUGUUGGUCGGCGGCGGCUCCUCGGGCUGCGUCCUGGCGGAGCGUCUGUCCCAGAACCCCGACGUCAAGGUGCUGCUGCUGGAGCGCGGUGGCACGGAGCCCUUCGCUUCCAGAGUGCCCGCCUUCAUGACCGCCAACAUCAGAGCGAACAUCGCGGAGUACAUCACGGGAGUGCCGGAAGCCGCGAACUGCAACGGGACGGGCUGUCAGCUCACAGUGCCGCAGGUGCUCGGUGGCGGCAGCACCAUCAACGCCGUCAUGUACGUGCGUGGAAGCUCAGUGGACUAUGACGAUUGGGCCACCAUGGUAGGGGACCCAAGCUGGAACUACGAGAACGUGCUGCCGUACUUCAAGAGAGCCGAGAAAAACAUGGACGCGAGCAUCGCCGCAGAUACAAAGUACCACUCAACCAGCGGCCACCUGCGCGUGUCCUGGCAGCCGUACCGACACCCGGUCAUCCCGCUGCUGGCCGAGGCCAUGGAAGCCGCCGGUGAGCCGUUCCGGUUGGAUAUCAACGCGGAGGGGCAGUUGGGCUACUCCUUGAUCCAGACCACCACCUCGGGCGGCGAACGGUGGAGCGCGUACCGAGGCUACCUCCAGCCCGCCCUGGGUCGCCCCAACCUGAAAGUCCUCACCUACGCCACCGCCACCAGGGUCGUGCUGGAAGGGCCGGAGCGGAGGGCUGCGGGGGUGGAGUACCGGGACGCCGCGGGCAAAGUCCGUUUCGCGAGAGCCAACAGGGAGGUCAUCUUGACGGCCGGAGCCAUCGGCACACCUCACCUGCUGAUGUUGUCCGGCAUCGGGCCGGCAGACGAACUGAAAGCUGCCAACAUCCCGGUCCUCGUGGACCUGCCGGUCGGCGAGGGGCUCCAGGACCACCCCCGCGUGCCCGGCCUCGAGUUCGAGUGCGCCCCUCCGCUCUGCGAGGUGGACUGGAAGCUGCGGCGCAGGGACCUCUUGCAGUACGCUGCGCUGCGGCAGGGACCGCUCUCCGAGACCAGCUUGGUGCAGAUCGGGGCCUUCCUCCGGACGGGGCUGGACCCGCCGCCACCGGAAGGCACAGGGAAGCCCGCCAAACAGCCCGACGUGCAGGUCGUCUUCAUGGGCGUCGACGAGGAUAGCAACGGGACACGCUGCUUGGCAAACGACCCGUGGCGCUUCAACCGCGUCGUCUACAUGCCCGUCCUGCUACACCCCCGCAGCAGGGGCAGCGUGCGCCUCAACGCCACCAACCCCAGCGGCCCCCCUGUGGUGCGGCUGGGCUACUUCACGGACGAGGGCGACCGGGACAUAGCCGUACUCGUGGACUCGUUCAAACUGGGACUGCGCAUGGAGGCUCCGCUACAGAAGCUGGGUCUUCGACUGGACCGUUCGACCAAAUAUGCGCCCAAGUGCAGAGCACUCGAGUUCGGCUCGGACGAGCACCUGCGCUGCAUCGCGCGCUCCACCACGGCCACCAUCUGGCACUGGGUGAGCACGUGCCGCAUGGGCCGCGACGACGACGACGAGGCCGUCGUGGACGCCAGGCUGCGCGUCAAGGGCGUGCGCGGACUGCGGCUGGCCGACGCGUCCGUGUUCCCGACCCUCACCAGCGGCAACACCAACGCGCCCACCAUCAUGGUGGCGGAGCGCGCCGCCGACCUGCUCCGGGAGGCACACGGACUGGCCUGAACCGCCAGGCAGCAAUGGCGGAUCCCGCAUGCCUCGCGGUGGGGGCGAAGUGGCACUUUUAGCCUACUUACAGUGGCCAAGCGUCGCUUUUUUCCUACCUUGAAGGCAACUUUCAAGGGGUCCGGGGGUCAAGCGUCCUUAUGCCCGUCCUUCUUUCCCCCUUCCUCUGAAUCCGCGCUUGCAGCGGCGGGGCCCUCAAUUUGUAUUGUAGACGUAAUAAAAAUGCAAUAAAAAGUUAUCGCAGGAAAAA